AUGAAGUUGUUGAUCGUCUUCCUUUCGGCCGCUCUCGCGGUCGUUGCGCUGCCACAAGGAGAGCGCUCGUCCAGUGCCGUCUCGUUUGGCAAGCGCGCCGAUGGCACGACGCCUCCCAGUGAUUCGCCCGGCCCCGGCGACGGCUCUGGCAACGAUGGCAAUGGCGACUAUAACGGCGGCGAUGGAGGUGGUGAUGGCGGAGGCGAUGGCGGCGGCGAUGGCGGCAGUGAUGGAGGCUCAGGCGGUGGAGGCUCAGUUCCACAAUUCCCUGUUGAGAUUCCAACUUUCAUGUACUAUUCGAUCGUCACCCAGUUCGUGGCCUUGUGCGACAUUGGCACAGUGACCCAAUUCACGCCAAUCCAUAUCAACCUGACAGCACCUGGCGCUCAGGAUCAGCCAACGCCUAUCUUUAUCAACCCGGUCAGCGCACUUUCUGACUAUGGUUGGGAUUUCUACGAGGCUCAGGGUCAGUCGUGCUUGCAUGAUCGUUCGCGCGAUAUCUGGAUGUAUGUCACGCUCAAGGCAGGCGCUUCCAAUCAGCUCUCCUCAAGCGGAUGGACGAACAUUGGCCUUGACUGCUGCUCGACCUAUACCACGUUCACCUUCAUCAUCGAAGAAGACACCUCGCAGGCAAUCACGUGGCGUUCGUGCGGCGAUGGUGCGGCUUUCAACAAGGUCCAACCUGGUUGCGUGCCACCGCCAAAGCUCGAUAUGUACAAUUACUGCGAGCAGCAAGCUCCCGCUAUCCUUCGCUACAAAAACGCGAGUCCUCCACCACCGACCUGA